GUAGGUGACUGCGAAAUGGGCGUAACUAUGGAGGAUCCUUUCGAGAACUCUGCGGAAAAUGAACAGGAGGAAGAGGCGAAGGCGGCCGCUGGGCAUUUUGCAGAGGUCGCGGAGGUCGAGAAGGGCUCUGAUGCAGAUUCGGACUCUGACCUGGAGACAGAAGGGAUCCAUGGACUUGGAGAAAUGGUCAAGGAUACCCUCUACCUGGGAUUUUGCCAGGCCCUUAAUGUUGUGCCUGCCUCCUGCUUUCUGCGCCAAGAGAAUGCUCCAGAGUUGAACCUGCAGCAUCGUGGCCUGGGGCCCCAGGGAGCCCUGGCUCUGGCUUCCACGUUGACCUCCAAUCCCUACAUCAAGCGACUGGGUCUUCGGGACAAUGGGCUCUGUAGAGCUGGCGCAGAGGCCCUGGCAGAUGUCCUGAGCAAAAACAGGAGCAUCUCUGAUGUAGACCUGUCAGAGAACCAGCUUGGAGCAGCAGGGGUCCAGGCUCUCUGUGCCGCCCUCAGAGUGAACCAAGCAGUGCAGAAGAUGCAGCUGGCAGGGAACAGCCUGGAGGAGCAGGCAGCCAAGUACCUUGCUGAUCUUCUGCUGGUCCAUACAGGCCUGAAAUCCCUGGACCUCAGCUAUAACCAGCUAAAUGACCAAGCAGGAGAAACCCUUGGACCAGCACUGGCAGAAAACCCAGGACUCACAGAACUUAACAUGAGCUGGAAUCACCUCAGAGGCCCAGGAGCUGUAGCAUUUGCCAGGGGAUUGGAGGCAAACAUCUUCCUGAAAGUCCUGGACAUCUCUUACAAUGGUUUUGGAGACCUUGGAGCCUUGGCUGUGGCUGAGGCCCUGAAGGCCAACAAUGUGUUGGAGGAACUCAACAUGAGCAACAACCGCAUCUCUGCAGCGGGAGCACUGAGCCUGGGACUGGGGCUCCGGGUCAACCAGACACUGAGGAUUCUUGUGGUAUCCAGGAAUCCCAUGCAGAGUGAAGGCUGCUUUGGUCUCCUCAAGUCUGUCCGGGACAAUCCAGCAUCUGCCUUAGAACUGCUGGAUUUCUCCAGGGAGUGUAUCUCUAUCCACGUGGGGCAGGCAGGUGUCCAGAUCGGCAAUGCCUGCUGGGAAUUGUACUGCCUUGAACAUGGAAUCCAGCCUGAUGGUCAGAUGCCUAGUGACAAAACCACUGGUGGUGGGGACGACUCCUUCAACACGUUCUUCAGCGAGACUGGGGCUGGCAAGCACGUGCCCAGAGCAGUGUUUGUGGACCUGGAGCCCACGGUGGUAGAUGAAGUGCGCACGGGGACCUACAGGCAGCUCUUCCACCCAGAGCAGCUGAUCACAGGGAAGGAAGAUGCAGCCAAUAAUUACGCCAGAGGCCAUUACACCAUUGGCAAGGAGAUCGUGGACCUGGUCCUGGACCGAAUCCGCAAACUGGCAGAUCUGUGCACAGGCCUGCAGGGCUUCCUCAUCUUCCACAGCUUUGGAGGCGGCACCGGCUCUGGGUUCGCGUCUCUGCUCAUGGAGCGGCUCUCGGUGGACUACGGCAAGAAGUCCAAGCUGGAAUUUGCCAUUUAUCCAGCCCCCCAGGUGUCCACUGCUGUCGUGGAGCCCUACAACUCCAUCUUGACCACGCACACUACCCUGGAACACUCGGACCGUGCCUUCAUGGUUGACAACGAAGCCAUCUAUGACAUCUGUCGGCGCAACCUGGACAUCGAGCGCCCCACCUACACCAACCUGAAUCGUCUGAUUGGGCAGAUCGUGUCCUCCAUCACGGCCUCCCUGCGCUUCGAUGGGGCCCUGAAUGUGGACUUGACAGAAUUCCAGACCAACCUGGUGCCGUACCCCCGCAUCCACUUCCCCCUGGCUACCUAUGCGCCUGUCAUCUCUGCCGAGAAGGCCUACCACGAGCAGCUGUCAGUGGCCGAGAUCACCAAUGCCUGCUUCGAGCCAGCCAAUCAGAUGGUCAAGUGUGAUCCCCGCCGUGGCAAGUACAUGGCCUGCUGCAUGCUCUAUAGGGGAGAUGUGGUUCCAAAAGAUGUCAAUGCUGCCAUCGCCACCAUCAAGACCAAGCGCACCAUCCAGUUUGUGGACUGGUGCCCGACUGGCUUUAAGGUGGGCAUUAACUACCAGCCCCCCACUGUGGUCCCCGGGGAAGACCUGGCCAAGGUGCAGCAGGCCGUGUGCAUGCUGAGCAACACCACUGCCAUUGCUGAGGCCUGGGCCCGCCUGGACCACAAGUUCGAUCUCAUGUAUGCCAAGCGGGCCUUUGUGCACUGGUACGUGGGAGAAGGCAUGGAGGAAGGGGAGUUCUCUGAGGCCCGGGAGGACCUGGCAGCGCUGGAGAAGGAUUACGAAGAGGUGGGUGUGGAUUCCGUGGAAGCAGAAGCUGAAGAGGGGAAGAAUACUGAAUAGGAGCAAGCAGCUGGCAACUCUUCCUUUAUUUGCUGCCCAUAUACACUACAUCAUUACAGUAUGUAUUUACUUAUUAAAAUUCCUUUAUUAAAGCAUUCAUUUUUCA